GACGUCACGUCUUUCACAUGGCUCUAUACAUGGCGACAUGCGACCAGUUGGAAUAUUGCUCAACAAACUGAAAUCUUUCUUGAUUCUUCAUUUGUUGUUAACUUGUUUGGUAUAGACUGUGUAAUUAAGACGUAUUGAUAAUUCCUCUCAUGUAAGCUUUUACGGGGUUUUUCAUCUUUGGAUUGAGUGAUUUAGAUUUUAGAGAGUGUAGGAGUAGUACAUCUAAGUAAGAACCAUACGGACGUGGGUGAAAUCGCCGUGUGAAAGGGCAGUGUCCAUUUACAAGAAUGGCGACAAACGGGAUUGAAGGCGAAUCCAGUGCGGACAGAAAUGUCGAAAUAUGGAAAAUUAAGAAGCUGAUCAAGAGCUUGGAAGCAGCCAGAGGAAAUGGCACCAGCAUGAUCUCUCUCAUCAUUCCACCAAAGGACCAAAUUGCAAGAGUCAACAAAAUGCUGGCAGAUGAAUUUGGCACAGCCUCCAACAUAAAAAGCAGAGUCAACAGAUUGUCGGUGCUUGGUGCCAUCACCUCAGUUCAGCAGAGGCUAAAGCUGUACAACAAAGUCCCACCAAAUGGCCUUGUGAUAUAUUGUGGUACCAUCAUUACAGAAGAAGGGAAAGAAAAGAAGGUCAACAUUGACUUUGAACCUUUUAGGCCUAUAAACACGUCUCUGUACCUUUGUGACAACAAAUUUCACACAGAGGCCCUGACUGCAUUAUUGGCAGAUGACAACAAGUUUGGCUUCAUAGUGAUGGAUGGAAAUGGAGCUUUGUUUGGAACACUUUCAGGAAAUACUCGUGAAGUACUCCACAAAUUCACAGUAGAUCUUCCAAAGAAGCACGGGAGAGGAGGUCAGUCAGCACUCCGUUUUGCACGUCUAAGAAUGGAAAAGCGGCAUAACUAUGUACGCAAGGUGGCAGAAGUUGCAUCCAGCUCUUUCAUAACCAACGACAAACCAAACAUAUCUGGUCUAGUCCUGGCUGGUUCAGCAGAUUUCAAGACAGAACUUAGCCAGUCAGACAUGUUUGAUCCUCGAUUGCAAGGAAAAGUGAUAAAAAUUGUGGAUGUAUCCUACGGAGGAGAGAAUGGUUUCAACCAGGCAAUUGAACUGGCAUCAGAUGCUUUGGCAAAUGUCAAGUUCAUUCAAGAGAAGAAACUUAUAGGACGAUACUUUGAUGAGAUCUCUCAGGACACAGGCAAAUACUGUUUUGGUGUUAAUGAUACACUAAAAGCAUUAGAAAUGGGAGCUGUGGACAUUCUUAUAGUGUGGGAAAAUAUUGAUAUUCAGCGAUUUGUGCUCAAGAACCAUUCAACAGAGGAAGAGCGAAUCUUGUUUUUGAGGCCAGAGCAAGAAAAAGACAAGACACAUUUCACAGACAAAGAAACAGGAGUAGAGAUGGAGUUGAUUGAACAGAUGCCCCUCCUGGAAUGGUUUGCUAACAACUACAAAAGCUUUGGUGCUACUCUUGAGAUCAUCACAGACAAGUCCCAAGAAGGAGCACAGUUUGUAAAAGGCUUUGGAGGCAUUGGAGGGAUCUUGCGUUAUCAGGUUGACUUCCAGGUGAUGGAGCCCAUAACAAACGAUUUUGAUGACUUUGAUCUCGACGACUACUAAAAUGGCUGCUAACCAUUGCCACAUGCUGGCACCUGGCAUGGUCUGCCCUCCAAAGAUGUAUUGCAGAGGGUUGCAGUUGCACAGCACUGCUUGUUUUGGAGAAGCUGUGUUAAGCCACAAAAUGGCGCCUUAAGCAUCAUUAACACUGACCUUGUUGGUCCUUUUUCAAGUCUCCACCCCACCUCUUUUCUCUGCAAGGGGUCUUGGGAUAUUAGAAUCAGUUCUUGAGGGACUUGUUAUUAAAAGGCUCUUUGUACUGAUAACAGUACUAUUCAUGUGGCAUUAAUAUGAUUUUGGGAUUGUGGAAUGGAAGGGAAAAGUUGUGCUUUAGGCGUCAUUGUAGAGCUUUUGUUUUCUUUUUCCAACCAAGGUUGUAAAAUGCACAACCGUUGUUUAUGAGAAAUCUUCUAUGCAUUUUACUAUGAUGGCUGGUCAAGUUCUACAAAGAAAUAAAAAAUCGUAUCUAUAUCUUUUUUUCUUCUGCAAACAGCAGUACCUGCAAUUUAAUCAAUGAAAUAUGAUGAAACUUAGUUCCCUCCUCCCCACCCCAAAUGUUAAUCUCAGAUUGCAAUGGAAGUAGUCACUUCCUGAUUCCCAAGAUGCUCUUGAGUUGUGUGGACAAGUAAGCAUCAAAGUUUUAAUCAUCUGAUUCUCUGGAUCAAUAAGUUAUGGUUGAUGACGCAGUAGUCAUUUGUAUCCAUGUGUCCACAAGCUGAAUGAACGGCAUUAAAGAUUUCAUGGAUGGGAUGGUAACAUUAAAA